UCUCUCUCUCUCUCUCUCUCUCUCUCUCUCUCUCUCUCUACUUUUGUUAGGCGAGGAAAGAAAGCCAAUCCCACCAACUCCAGCUAAGAAAGGCGCGACUCUGCAGUAGUCGGAUAUAAACAGAGUAGUGGAAACGCGCACUCCGUCUCAAGUGGUAUACCGGCGUCGGCUUCUUAUUUAUUCUAACAUUUACACUGUGAGGUUUUCAACAAAAGCAGAAAAGGACGGCGACGACUCGGCGUUUUCAAUCGUGUUCCGCUCCUCUGAUUCACGGCAUUCAAUGUGCAGGAUUUCUGUGAUACUUCAUGCUGCGUUCACGGUGCUGUCCUGAGUCUGCGCCCCUGGAUCCGUCAGCGCGUCCCUGUAGAGUCUGGAUCGACACGGCGCAACACAGAACGCGCACACGGGAAGGUAUUUUCGGUCUGAAAUCGACCGAGAGUUAACCAAAAGUUUGUGGCUAAGAUGCAUUUGUUAAUUCUGCACAGGGAUUGACCACUGUUCGAAAAACAUUGUGACGGAUUGUGACGGCUCUCAGGAUUACACUAGUUUCUCUGACAAUAUUUUUGAGUACACCAACUACUAUUUGUACUACAAAUAUUACUACUACUAUUACUACUACUACUAUUACUACUAUUACUAUUACUACUACUAUUACUAUUACUAUCUGUUCUAGAAUGAUACCGUAUAUAACAUUUUUGAGUGCAUAGUAUGGGAGUCCACCGUGAGAGAGUAUUUGUUGACGUCCGCCCUUGCUGUCCUGCAUCGGAGUUCAGGUAGCUCACAGCCAACACACCAUGCUAUCCCGCAUAGCAUUACUGUGUGCCAGGGAAAGGCUGCUGAGUGAAGCUCAGAGAGAGAAGGCGAAACAGCCAGAGAGACCUCUACGCACACACCCAGCCCAUUCUGAAGCGCACACACACUUUCACAUUCUUCCACUGGCAGACAGAUACUUACAUACACAGUGACCCACAAAGGAGGGCAUGGGAAACUCCUCUCAAAAACAAGGGAAGGAGGACAAGGAAAAAGAAAAAGAAGAGACAAGUGAUGACGAAUUGGAGGAAGAGGAAAAGGCACAAGUGAAAGAAGUGGAGGUGGAACAGAAGCUGCCUCCAUGUUUUAGUGAAUUAAUCUCUAGUGGAGAUCCAGUGCUGGACCUGAGCCAUUUUCGUUUGCGAUGCCUCCCCAAGGAAGUUCUUGGACUGAAACAUUUGGAAAGACUGUAUGUAUGUGGAAAUAGGCUUCGCACAGUACCUAAUGGCAUUGUGCAGCUGCAGGGCCUUCGUACUCUAGCGCUUGACUUUAACAAAAUAGAUGACGUCCCACUGAGCGUGUGCCAGUUGGUCAACCUCACCCACCUAUACCUAGGUGGCAAUCGGCUGAUGUGCCUGCCACCAGACUUCAAAAACCUGCAGAGCCUACGGUGUCUCUGGAUGGAUAGUAACUACUUUCAAUACUUCCCCAAGCAGCUAUAUGAGCUUCCUCAUUUGCGCUCUCUUCAGUUCGGUGACAAUAAACUUAAGGCUCUGCCAUCAGACAUGUGUCGCAUGGAAGCGCUGCGAAGCCUCUGGCUCUAUGGCAACCGUUUUUCUGAGUUUCCACAGGUUCUCCUGAAGAUGGAGCAGCUAGAGAUUUUGGAUUUAGAUGGAAACCGUAUCUCCACGUUACCCAGUCUGCUGAAUUUCCCAUCGCUCCGACUCUUUUCCUAUGAUCACAAUCCUGUGAAGAGGCCACCACAAUUUGGAGAAGAUGUUGUAAUUGUUGGAGAAGGGGCAGCUGAGAUUUUGGAGGAAAGGGAGAGGAAAAAAGAAGAGGAGCGUGCAAAACGAGAGGCCGAGGAGGCAGCUGCAGUAGCAGCUACUAAGCCAGCCAGACAAGGGAUACUAAAGAAACUCAGAAUGAAGUCUAUGGCAUCAAGUGAGGAUGUAGAACCAGCUGAGGAGGAAGUGCCAUUACAGGCCAAUGUAGAAGGGGUGGAGUGUGAAAGAUAUAAAUCAGCAUCAGAUCAGGGGAAGCUUGAAUAUGAGGGUGAGGAGUGUGAAGGUUACGGAAAGGCAGAGGUGGAUUAUCAACAAGCUGAUAUAAGCUACAAGAAUGAAGAGGAGGAACCUGAGCAAAGAAGAUGAGUCUAAUGAUUGAUUCCUUCCCUUUAACCACAACAAGCUUCAUUUGGUUUGCACUAACUCUAAUAAAGAAAUACUCUAGCAUUUUUCAACAUAUCCAUUUACCACAUCUGUACUGUCUAAUUUAUGUUCCUCACAAGAAUUGACACAUUGAGUAAAGAGCAGAGAACUCACACUCGAAACUCACUCAUAAUAGUGGUUAAAGUGUAGGUUCUGAAUUCUCUUAGAAAACCUUUACACUUGAUUAUUUGACUACCUCUCUGUAGUAGAUGUCCUCAACCAGAGCAAUAUCCAUUUAGCUUAUUUAUAUAACUGAGCAGUUGAGGGUCGAACUCAUAACCUUCUGUUCAGUGUCCAACAACAUAACCACUGAGAUACUGCUAUCACAUGCAAAUUUAAAAAUAUAACUUUUCAGUCAAGACUUUUACAUUUAUCGCCAUUGGCAGACUGUUUUAUCGAGAGCAACUUCAAAAAAAGGGCUUUGAAGAGUUUAUCAGUGGAUACAUACUGAUUCACUCAGUCUAAAACUGUUGGGAGGAAAUACUGUACAGCAAGAAAAGUACAGACAAAUGUCUUUAACCUGUUGUGUAUGAUAAUUGAAUUUUGUAAUUGAACAACACAGUAGAUCAUGUAACACACUCUCCAAAGCUUAUCACUAAAAUGAUCCAGUGACAUAAAACGGCUUGCUGGUCAGUUUAUUUUGCCUUACAAUGCAGUACAGUUUUUAAUAUUUUAUAUUAAUAUUUGUUUCUCCACAAUUCUCCAAACCCCAAAACAAUAAGAUUCUAGAACUGCGACCUCAUAAAUAUCAACAUAAAUAUAUGAAAUUUUACUGUUGUAGAAUCAUUCGAGUAUAAGAUACAGCAUGUAUCCUACUGUACAUGUACACAGUGUAACGCUAGGCAUCAUUGGAUGAAUAUAGCCCUAUGUUUGAACAGUGAUCUGAAUGGCACUGAAGUUAUCUUUUAUUUACCUACCUGUAUUUUUGUUGUUGUUUUGUUUACAGUUGUAGAUAAAUGACAAACCUGAUUUUAUUAAGCAGAUUAUAUUUACAGUAUAACACAAUCAUAAAAAAUGAUUGAAAAAAAAAACAUUGAUUGCAUAAUAAACAACUGAAUAAAUGAUCUGAUCAGAUCUGUUCUAAUAUAGUUUUAUACAAUCCUCAACGGUAACAGUAACAAAUAAAUGAAGUUAUUUAAACUGAGGAUUUCUGUAUCCAUGUGCAAUCAAAGCAACAUGACUAUUUUAGCAACAGAUAAUCUUCCCUACGUGAAAAGGAUUCACUACACACAGCUUCAUUUCCAAAUAUGUCUGAAUAAAGAAUUCUACACAAAUUAUUUUUUUUGCAUAAAAGUUAAUGCACUCAAAUCAGUAAUUGUCAUGAUACCACUAUUAUAUGUGAGUUUCCAGUAAACUGGGGUUCUGUUAUCUCAGUACAGGAACACAUUCAUAUUCUGUGGUUAUGGAUUAAGAUGUGGUAGACAGAGAUUAGGUGAAAAAUUCCAGAGUUUGCUCCGACAAAGCUGCUGUGAGAAAAAAGUAAAACAAUACAGAACUCUCACCUUUAGGUUUUGCACUUAAUUUAUUAUCAUCGAAUAACCUGUGAAGAACAACGUACACAGUUCAGCUGUAAUGGACUGAAACUGUUCCCUCAGCUUUAUACAUAAUGAAGACCAAUGUGUGUGAGUGUGUGUGUGCUUGUGUGAGUGUGUGUGAGUGCAAAUUAGUGGGUUAACGUGAGCGGCUGUAAUUCCACUCUAAACUGGGUGUACUGUAUCUGGAAUUAGAUAUUGCGAUUGCUGUGAUGUCUGUUGUUGAAACAAAAUCUCUCAUUAAAUAAUCAUUGGGUUUGUGAAUAUGUUUUUCAAUCAUUCAUGCACGGCUGGGAGAAAGAUCUACUGUAGUACUUGAACAGACUUAUAAAAUAUCCAGAAUGCAUACCAGCUGUGAAAUUCAACCUGAAGGCUCUAAACUUCUUUAAAAAAAAAAAAAAGACAUGGUAGCCAGAGGAAGCAAGAAAAGCUCCAGAGAUUUAGAGGAUCAUAAAGAUAAAUGGACAACACGAGCCAAACCAGUGCUAACAUUGAUAAACUUUGUCACAGCUGCCAGAGUUUCUGUGAGGUCAGCGUGUGAAAAGCAGAGAACACAGUGUGAGGGGAUGGGAGAAGGGGGAAAGGAUACAGGGGGACGCUUCUCCUUAAAAGGCCAGAAUAAGGAGAAGAAGUUUAAACAUUAAGCAUGAGACAGAGAGAGGGAGCAAUUAAAUGAGAAUGGAAGUGUAGAGUUAAACUGUAAUCAAGGGUGUCCUUUAAUUCUCUCUUUCUUUAUUCUUUUCUUCCAAGGUCUAGAAUACUUUAUUUAUUUUUGUCACACUCUCCAAGCAUCUUGUUCCUUUAUUGUCAAGUUAGGCUUCUUUUGAACUUUUCCAGAUCUUCAUCUUGUUUAACUGGGUGGCAAAGUGGGGUGGGCUAGAUAUUACAUGUUUCACUCCAUCACAGUAAGCUCAGGUUUUUUUCAUACUAUGAUGGAAAAGUGCAAAUCUUACUUUUAAUUCUUUGAGCUGAAAUGGCUUGUGGUUCAUUUUGCCUGUUCAUGGUUAAGAGCUCAAUAGGGAUUGUUAUGUCAAUGCCUGACUUCAAUCUCUCUUUCUGUGUUUGUUAGAAAAACCAUCUGUUAAAUCACUUUGACUUUCUGAAUCAUCGUUAUUGAAUCCUGAAGUUUUGUGAACUACAAGUUUUCCUCUCGCUCUAGUUUGACAGAAAAAACUGCCACAGUUUCUUUGUUGAGCAGCUUUAUGUAAGAUAUGGACUCAGUAGCAAGCAUGUAGAGAUGCUGUAGCCCAGAUUAGUUCCUAAAUGUUGUGUUAGUUCAAAAUUUUCGAAUCAAAUCAAAUCAAAUUUUAUUUGUCACAUACACAUACUGUACAUACAGGGUACGACAUGCAGUGAAAUACUUUUUGCAACCGUCCGGUAUAUAAGCAUAAAAAGGGGGAAUGCACUUUAGGAUAAAAAAAUAAACCAAAACCAAAAGGAGAUAGAUAAACUUUUUUUUUAUUUAUCUACCUCCUUUUGGUUUUGUUUUAUUUUCUUGGGUUUGGUUUACAGUUCUCUGAUUGUAGACAGACAUCAAGCCUUCACAGAUGUUAUAUACACUACAGUAUACUGUAUGGCCAAAAGUGACAAACGCAUGUUUCCCAUUCCAAAGUCACAGGUAUUAAUAUGGAGUUGAACUUACCUUUACUGCUAAAAGAACCUUUACUCAUCUAAGAAGGUUUUCCACUAGAUGUUGGACUGCAGAGAUUUGUGUUGAUUUAACAGGAGCAUUAGUGAGAUCAGAUGCUGGUGUGAGGUGAGGAGGGCUGGGGUGCAGUCAGAGUUCCAGUUUCGGCCAGAAAGUGUCCAGUGUGUGUUUAGUUCCACUACAAUUUGUGCAGAGGGUCACUGGAAUGCAGGAACAAGGUCUAGGCCUCAUACUGUAGUUCCAAUGAACAGAAAUUGUAGAGCUACAGUACAGCA